CUUAGAGCCCGAGCGGAGGCGGUGUGGAGCGUUUCUCCUCUCAGCGGCUCGGGAACCAGUGUGUGGUGCGGGGCUGCGGCUGAGCCUCUAGAUAGAAGGCGCAAGAGGUUGGCAGCUUCGAUUGAAGCACGUCGGGCGUCGAGAGCAGCUAGAAGUCAUGAGCGACAGCGGCGAGCAGAACUACGGCGAGCGGGAAUCCCGUUCUGCUUCCAGAAGUGGAAGUGCUCAUGGAUCUGGGAAAUCUGCAAGGCAUACCCCUGCAAGGUCUCGCUCCAAGGAAGAUUCCAGGCGUUCCAGAUCAAAGUCCAGGUCCAGAUCUGAAUCUAGGUCUAGAUCCAGAAGAAGUUCUCGAAGGCAUUAUACAAGGUCACGAUCUCGGUCCCGCUCCCAUAGAAGAUCCCGUAGCAGAUCUUACAGUAGAGAUUAUCGAAGACGGCAUAGCCACAGUCAUUCUCCCAUGUCUACUCGCAGGCGUCAUGUUGGGAAUCGGGCAAAUCCUGAUCCCAACUGUUGUCUUGGAGUAUUUGGAUUGAGCUUAUACACUACAGAAAGAGAUCUAAGAGAAGUGUUCUCUAAAUAUGGCCCAAUUGCUGAUGUGUCUAUUGUAUAUGACCAGCAGUCUAGACGUUCAAGAGGAUUUGCCUUUGUAUAUUUUGAAAAUGUAGAUGAUGCCAAGGAAGCGAAAGAGCGUGCCAAUGGAAUGGAGCUUGAUGGACGUAGGAUCAGAGUUGAUUUCUCUAUAACAAAGAGACCACAUACCCCAACACCAGGAAUUUACAUGGGGAGACCUACCUAUGGCAGCUCACGCCGUCGAGAUUACUAUGACAGGGGAUAUGAUCGAGGCUACGAUGAUCGGGACUAUUACAGCAGGUCAUACAGAGGAGGAGGUGGAGGAGGAGGAGGAUGGAGAGCUGCUCAAGACAGGGAUCAGAUAUACAGAAGACGGUCACCUUCUCCCUACUAUAGUCGUGGAGGAUACAGAUCACGUUCCAGAUCUCGAUCAUACUCACCUCGUCGCUAUUAAAGCAUGAAGUUGAAGACUUUCUGAAACCUGCCCUAGAGUUGGGAUAUUGUUUGUGGACAAUAUUUUUUAUUGUCUCCUGUUUAAAAAGUGAACAGUGCCUAGUGAAGUUAGGUGACUUUUACACCUUUUAUGAUGACUACUUUUGGUGGAGUUGAAAUGCUGUUUUCAUUCUGCAUUUGUGUAGUUUGGUGCUUUGUUCAAAGUUAAGUGUUUUCAGAAAAGUAUGUUUUGCAUGUAUUUUUUUACAGUCUAAAUUUUGACUGCUGAGAAGUUUCUAUUGUACAAAACUUCAUUUAAUGGUUUUUCUACUGAAUCCAGGGUAUUCUGAAGAUCGAAGCCUGUGUGUAAAAUGCUACCAAAUGGCAAAAAGCAACAAUAAAGUUUGGUUUUUACUUUUCUUUCUAACAUAUCAAUGGUUAGCAGAACUGUUCAGAAUAGACUGUCAGUAGUAAAUUCAAGACAAAAAUGCCCAUUUUCCUCCAGUCCAUAAAACAUACCAUACUUAAUAUACCUGCAAUUAAGUGAUAAAAAUUAUGCUCUGUAACUCUAUACUGCUAGUAUUAGACCUAAAGAUCUUUCAAUACAGCAAAUGCUUAAUGCUUAAUAUAAAUGUGAAUUUGUCGGCGUUUAUAUAAUCUGUAUUAUAUAUAGCAGGGAAUAAGAUAAGAGUUACACAAUGAAUGCCUUUAAAAGGCUAUUUCUUAAAGCUGUUACAAGGGGAUAAUGGUAUUUCAACUAGUUAUCAGCAAGUGACAAUACAUUCCACCACAAAUGUACUCUUGUUCUUCUAGCUUUUAGAUUAUAUGGAAAAACUGGGUGCUUCAGAGUUUGAGAAAAAGAGAAGGGAACACUACACCUGUGUUGUGGAUGAACUGAAGACUUUGCCUGUUCAUUUUUUAAAUAUUAUUUUCAGGUCCUUUGCUUACCAAAGGAGGCCCAAUUUCACUCAAAUGUUUUGAGAACUGUGUUUAAAUAAACGCAAAUGAAAAGAGUAAAAGGCUGGUACAACUCAGUUUAUAAAGAUUUUGUUUUAACCUUGCUACAUAUAUAAUUAAGAGUUCUUUUGGAUUUAGUUGUAUUCUUUUUGUUAUUGUUUUAAAUAGAUAAAUUAUGUAUUCCUGGCAGAUAAAUCAAAGUGAGUAACUAGUAUUGGAGUGAUCAUCUCCACUUGCGGAUGGUGUUAUAUUAAAAUAACUAGUCUCCACACUUGCCCUGAAGGUGCCUGAAAUGCACAUUCUUCUUAGUUUAGGUUAUUUUUCAUGGUCAGUUCUAGCGAAACUGCUAUAGGCAGGUAAUUAAAGUUUGUUGGCCUGCUGAUCUUUGUAUUAUUACUUAACAUACAGUAUAGUGUGUCCCAGGUACUUUGUAAAGCACUUCCUAUAUAUUAAUAUGUUCAGUCUACAUCAAUCAAAAUGGUGUAGUAAUUUACCUUAGGUCAAACAGCUAUUUAAAACAGCAAUGCUGGGAUCUGAACUUGACCAGUCUCAAUCCAUACUCUGUAUUCUUAAUCAUGAUGUCAUUCUGCCUCUAAUCUGGGUAACCAGAUGAUUAAAGAUACUGGUAAUGGAGUGUAGGCAUUAUUUGUAGGCCUAAAUUUGCCAAACUUACUGGACAGGUUGAGAUAGGCUGAAGAGUGGUGAAACUCCUUUCCUGUUCUGGGAUAAGAAAGCAAGUAGUAAUCUGUUAGUGUGCUAUGAAGGUGGUCACCUGGUUUACAAAAAGGGUUUUUUGUAAGCCAUAAAACAGUAUAUAAGCAUAAGAAUUUUGAAGACCAUGCAUAUGGAAGGUAAAUGGUCACUCCCUCGGAGUAGAAUUUGGUUCAAACAGGUCCUUUUAAGACUUAACUGUUCACAAUGUGGAACAUUUUGUUCCCAUAAUUAAAGCUUUCUUACAUUUAAUUGCCAACCUUUUUUGUCACCUUUGGGGGAUCUCAGAAUACUCUCCGAGUGUAUCUGAUCAACUGUUGCUGCAUAAUCAGUCAUUAAAACUCAGAGGCACACAACAGGUACUUAGCUGCUGAUCUCAUCCAGGCUCUCACUCAUCUGUAGGACAGCUGGGGUUGACUGAUAGACUGCAGGUGUGUGCAUCUGUUCCCCAUGGCUCAGCCUCCUUGGAAGAGUGAGCAAACCAGCACAUUUCUCACUGUGAUGUGGAAACACAAGAUCACGUUCACUCAUCCAAGUACAUUUCAAGCCUCUGCUUGUAAUAACAUUACAUCUUUUCUCAUAGGCAAAAGCAAGUUUUCCAAGCUGGUAUUAGAUAGAUAGGUGUCAUUUUCUCAGCUUCCCAGCAUGCAGACCUGCCAUUGGGAUAUUCCCCAAACUGAGUCCUGCUGAGAGGCAGAGCCCAUCUACCACCACAGAUGCCCCAAAUCCCAGAUGCUUGUUUACCCAUCCUUUGCAUCUACAGCAUAUGCCUGUGAACUAGGCUUGGUCAGUCAGGUGUAUGCAAACUUUAAACCUUAAACCCAAGAAGUGUAGGGAUAGUAGAAAAUUAUUCAAGUGAGUAGAGUGGAUGAUAAGUGCCUUAAAGAUGUCAGCAAUAUGUGAGGGGCAGUGUGGAACUAGAGGAUAGGGGGGUGGUUAUCUCUCUAGUGGGCAGAUUCCUUGUCUGGUGUCAGUGGCAACAGUGGGACAGGCUGUGGUGUCCACAGUUUGGCAGUGGUGAUGACCUCACUGGACUGACUUCAUGGUGUGGCUAUUAAACUUCCAAGCCUGAUUCUUUCUCCUUUCCUCCUGCAGUCUGCAAACUUAAAAACAGACCCCCAAAAUCUCCUAUAUCUGCUUAAGUCAGCUGGCAUUUUUUAUUUAUAAUCAAGAAUCUUGACUGAUAA